UCGCUCGGGUUUGCAAUCCCUCUACUGCUGCUAAAGCUUUAUUAUCCUUAUGUAAGAGCUGCAGUGACUGAAGCAAAAAUGUUCUGCAAGAUCCUCCGAACACAGAUCUACAGAAGAACAAUUUCAAUUUUUGGGGGCGGGUAAAAUUAGUCUACAACAGGGGAUAGAUUGCGGUGAAAAUAGUUUUUAGGCUACGGGUCAUGUUAAUGUAAAUUGAACAACUGUAAUGUGAUUUUUUUUCUGUCACAACACUUCCGGGUAUGCGGGAGCUGGUUUUCAAGAACAAAUAUUUUUGCCGAAACUAGAAGUCCGACUUUUAACAAUCGGUUAUAGUUGCAGAACAACUGAAUGUUUUUGCUUACAUGGUCACCGUACCAAUUUUGUUACAUGGUACCAUAACAAUUUUGUUAAAUUGUUGCCUGCCUUGGGAAUUCGGAAACACCUCAAUUAGUGGGCUUUUGGAGAGAUUAUCCCGAUACAACACAUACUGUGGAAACAGUUUUUUGACCAAGUGUAUGGAAUUUAUCUUUUUUUUACACGUUCCACCCAUAAAUACCGAUAUGCAGAUAGUCCUUUUAUUUAUAGUUUCUCUAUUUUUAACGAAUGGUGCAACAAAGCCGCCUGCUGAGGUUGUAGAUCCUGAAUAUGACUUCCUCAGUUCCAUGCUUUCAGACUUUGAGGUGCUGCCCCUCGCCAGUCUCCAGACUCACUCGGUCCGGCGGCGGGACCUCCAGACACAGACCCACGUGGAACGACAUCUCAGCUUCACUGCCUUACAGAGGCAUUUCAAGCUGUAUCUGAGGACCAACACGGAGCUGUUCACAGAGGACUUCAGUGCUGUGUUCGUGGAUGAGGAUGGACAGGAGGACAGUUACGAGGUCAACAGACAGAACUUCUUCACCGGCCAUGUCAUAGGGGAGGAGAACUCUAGAGUGCAGGCGCAUAUUGAUGACAAUGACUUCUCGGCACACAUCCUCACUGACGGAGCAGAGUACAACAUUGAGCCCCUGUGGAGGUUUACGUCGGCGCCCCCCGAUGGCCGUUUGCUGGUAUACCGUCCUGAGCACAUAAGGAACAUCAGCCGACUGGCCUCGCCCAAGGUCUGUGGCUACGUGAAGGCUGACUCCAAUGACCUGCUGCCUGAGAGUAUGAGAUUAGCUAGACUGGAGGAUGAGGAGGAAGAGCCCCUGGUCAGAGAGAAGAGACAGGUUCAUGACCACAGGAAGAACACCUGCCCUUUACUCUUGGUGGCUGACCAUCGCUUCUUCCAAGAGAUGGGCCGUGGCGAGGAGAGCACUACCCUCAACUACCUGAUCGAGCUGAUUGACCGCGUGGAUGACAUCUACAGGUCGACGUCGUGGGAUGACGAGUAUAAAGGAUAUGGGGUUCAGAUCCAACAGAUCAUCAUUGAGAAGGUCCCCACCCGCGUACCCCCGGGGGAGGCCCACUUCAACAUGAGGGGAAGUCCCGUAGAGGGUAAGGAUGUCUGGGACGUGAAGAAGCUUCUGGAGCAAUUCAGUGUGGACAUAGCAGACAACGCGUCCAAGGUGUGUCUGGCUCACCUGUUCACCUACCAGGACUUUGACGAGGGGACCCUGGGCCUGGCCUACGUGGCCCCCUCCAGACAGGGCAUCCCUGGGGGCCUCUGCUCAGAGAAGUGCCCUCCGUCUUCGCCUGAGACGAGAGCUAUUUAUCUCAACACUGGGCUCACCAGCACUAAGAACUAUGGGAAAACUAUUCUGACCAAGGAGGCAGACCUGGUGACAACUCACGAGCUGGGCCAUAACUUUGGGGCAGAGCACGACCCCGAUAACAUCCCCUACUGUGCUCCCAGGGAAGACCAGGGGGGCAAAUACGUCAUGUACCCCAUCGCUGUGAGCGGAGACCACGUCAACAACAAGCUUUUCUCCAACUGCAGUAAGAUCUCCAUUGUGAAGCGUCUGAGGAACAAGGCUCCAGUGUGCUUCAGGGAGAGGAACAGUAACGUGUGUGGGAACAGCAGGGUGGAACAGGGUGAGGACUGUGACCCGGGACUGCUGCACAUCAACGACGACCGCUGCUGUACCUCCGACUGCAAGCUCCGCCCCACAGCCAAGUGCAGUGACAGGAACAGUGCAUGCUGUAAGCAGUGCCAGUAUGAGCGGGAGGGCAAGGUGUGCCAGGAGCCCAUCAGUGCCACCUGUAAGGGCAAGUCCUACUGCACAGGCAACAGUAGUGAGUGUCCGUCUCCUGAGAACGCCCUUGACAAGACUGUGUGUUUGGACAACGGAGAGUGUCUCGACGGUGUAUGUAUCCCUUUCUGUGAGGCCGUCAAGAACCUGCAGUCCUGCGCCUGCAAUGAAACCAACUCGUCAUGUAAAGUGUGCUGCCGAAGCACCAGUGGAGUGUGCGCCCCAUUCCAGGACGACGGAGGGGAAUUCAUCUACCUCCGCAAGGGGAAACCCUGCACCGUGGGCUUCUGUGACGGAGAAGGUAAAUGUAUGAAGCAAGUUCAGGAUGUCAUCGAGAGGCUGUGGGAUUUCAUUGACAAGCUGGACAUCAACACGUUUCGGAAGUUUUUGGCAGACAACAUCGUGGGCUCUGUGGUGGUCUUCUCCUUGGUCUUCUGGGUCCCCCUCAGCAUCCUGGUUCACUGUGUGGAUAAAAAACUGGAUCAGCAGUAUGAACAGACCACCAAGUCUCUGCUUUUUCCGAGUAAUGCAGAGUUUAUGAGCAGUCUGGAGUCAGCCUCCGUACGGAUCUUCAAACCCCCUGCCAUUUCAGCCCUGCGCUUCCAGGCCUCUGGCCCCGAGCAGACCAGCACUCCCCCCAUCCAAGCCCCAACUCGAAUCCCUGGGGCCCAAGUCCCAACCUCCACUCCCAGCCCUAGCCAGAGUCCCCUGCCCCCCCUGGAGAGCCCACGCAUGGCCACCAUCCAGGAGGACCCCAGUUUUGACUCCCACCUGGAUGAAGAGGCCCUGGAGGGCGACUUUCCCAUGGGGAGUUCGGCUCCACACUCCUUUGAGGAUCUGACAGAGCGUGGGCCCCUGGCCCGACGCAGUGACAAGGCCCUGUCCUUCAGACUCCAGAGACAGGCCCGCAUCCGCAUCAACAGCAAGGAGACAGAGUGCUGAGAAAGGGAGGCGAAGAGAGAGAGAGAUAAAGAGGGUUCUUUAACACAGAGGACACUGAUAAAGAAAGAGACUGGAGGAGAGAGAGGACCGAGCGUGGGAGAGGAUGCUCACCCAAUCACCACUGAAUGGCAGACCACAGAGUAAAACGAGCUGGACUUGUCUGAUACUAUAUGUGGGCUGAGUUAUAUAAGGUAUUAUAUGAAGUUGGAGAGCAGCUUCAGUUGAAAAUAGGAUCCACUGGGCUAAAAUGAAACCUACUGAGCAUUGAAAAGCCAAAUUCUUCAAAACUGAAAUUAGAAUGAAUAGAUGAAACGAUUACGUCUAGAAUUGUCUUGCUACAACCAGGUCAUAUUGAUGAUGUUCUGGUUUCAGAUGAUGUAUUGUUUAAGAUAUCCUGGGCUGCUCACUUGCACAGCCUGGCAUAUGAACAUGUUGCACCAUGCCUCCAUGUAUGUAGUUGAGUUGGUUGACAGUGACACUUUUGGCGCAGUUUGAAAAUAGGUCAGCAAAUAUAUGCUUUAACACCCUUAUGCAUACAUCACCAGCAGCACUGUGGCUAUGUCUGUAAUAUCAUUGGCCUGGUGUGAGUUAAUGUACUUUGUGGCACAGCAAUAUAACACUAGUUUACCGCUUUGCUCUUUGUAACCGAGGGGGGGGAUUUAUCAUGGAAAAGUCUACAAAACUGUUACUAAGUAUUUCAUUUGUUGGGUGAGCCGGGAUGGCUGUAACUAAUAACAAAACCAGCAUAAUGUUUACUUUUCAAUUCUGUGAACCGUAGCCUGAACCAGUAUUACUCAUAGAGAUAAAUGGAGGACUCAUUUUUGUACCUGUGCCGUUAUAGCCAUUGAGGGUGUCUCCGUUUUGAGGGAAUUUUUUUCCAGGGUCACCAGAAGAUUUCUUUCUCCAACAGGGUCACCAGAAGCUUUCUUUCUCCAACAGGGUCACCAGAAGCUUUCUUUCUCCAACAGGGUCACCAGAAGCUUUCUUUCUCCAACAGGGUCACCAGAAGCUUUCUUUCUCCAACAGGGUCACCAGAAGCUUUCUUUCUCCAACAGGGUCACCAGAAGCUUUCUUCCUCCAACAGGGUCACCAGAAGCUUUCUUCCUCCAACAGGGUCACCAGAAGCUUUCUUCCUCCAACAGGGUCACCAGAAGCUUUCUUUCUCCAACAGGGUCACCAGAAGCUUUCUUUCUCCAACAGGGUCACCAGAAGCUUUCUUCCUCCAACAGGGUCACCAGAAGCUUUCUUCCUCCAACAGGGUCACCAGAAGCUUUCUUUCUCCAACAGGGUCACCAGAAGCUUUCUUCCUCCAACAGGGUCACCAGAAGCUUUCUUCCUCCAACAGGGUCACCAGAAGCUUUCUUCCUCCAACAGGGUCACCAGAAGGGAUCAGCCAAUAAAGUUGGAAGUCCCGCCCAGUUUACAUUAAAUCCCGACUGUUAUUAGGUAAUUUGUCAAACCAGACCUGUAUGGUGUCUUAUGCAUGGAGAUAGAUCUGACCAUUACAGAGUUUUCUGAUAUGCAAGAUUGACAAAACUCUAAUUGUUACUCAACUCUUAAUUGCGGAAAGUGUUUUUGAUACCAUUUGUAUGCUUUCAUAUGACAAUUGUGACAAUCAGCAAGAUGUCUAUUUCUAGCCUCACACGAGCCAGUUAUAUAAUAUAAUCUCCCAAUUCUGGCUUUGGCCACUCUCAUCCGAUGUUUGAAAAUGUAUUGUUGUAUUAGCUACCUUUUAUUUGCCAUAUUAUCUGGUAUUUUGUUUCAUUGUGAACUCCUGCCAGACAUGAUCUCACCAACCUGUUAUGGGUUUAACAGAGUUUACAUUGGAAAUCCCAUAUUUAGGAAUUUCUUUGUAUUUUAUGCUCUCACAUACAGAAUGAUUUAUUCUUUGAAAGAAAGCCCCAACAGCAUCCUACAAGUAUUUUAUAUCUGGAUUUGUGAUUAACUUGUAUCAUGCCUCAGGUAGGUUGUCUUCAGGUGUUCCAAUGGCUAUAUAUUAAAAUGUCAGACACUCAGAA